AUGAUAUACUUGGAUUUCUUGAAAGCCUUCGAUUCUGUUUCCCAUCCAAAACUUCUACUUAAACUUCAACAGCAAGGUAUUUCGGCCUUGUUAUUGAAUUGGUUUUCAGAUUACUUGAGCAAUAGACGUCAACAAGUAGUGGUCAACGCAGUCGCAUCUUCCUACCUUCAUGCCACCUCGGGGGUUCCACAAGGAAGUUUACUUGGUCCACUCCUGUUCUUGAUAUAUGCAAAUGAUCUUACCGAAGCAGCUAAUCACAGCAUUGUUCCCAUGUUUGCUGAUGACAGUAAAUGCUACAAAAAGAUUGAGAAACCACAGUUGGCGAUUGACACUGGUAUUCCUUUGGCCCCAGAAAAGAUUGAGGGCCCUACAACAUGUUUGACCUUUUCGGGUUGGAGUGUGUUUUACGUGGAGUCAAACGGUUACAAGGGACUGGGACCGAGCAGCGCCUGCCUAUCACUAUAG